UUCGCGGCAGCUGCUGAGGAAAGUGGCCCGCUGGUCCCGUGGCGCAGGCGAGGAGGGAGGUGCGCUUCGCCUCGCCUUCAUGCCUCCAGCCCGGCUGCCCUGAGCUGACCCUUUUGCUGACCGGACAGCCAUGGGAGAUGGAGGGCUCUCCCUAGCUUACAGCCCUCACAGCAGAGCCAACUCCACGGCGGGACCCGGCUGCAGCAACGCCUCCACCGCGCCCUUCCCUCAGGAAGCCCUGUCCCAGCAGUGGGUAGUGGGCAUGAGCCUGCUGAUGUCCUUGAUGGUGCUGCUGAUCGUGGUGGGCAACGGGCUGGUGAUCGCAGCCAUCGGGCGCACGCAGCGCCUGCAGACCCUCACCAACGUCUUCAUCACCUCCCUGGCCUGCGCAGACUUGGUGAUGGGCUCUGUGGUGGUGCCCUUUGGUGCCACACUGGUGGUCCGGGACAGGUGGCUGUGGGGCUCCCUCCUGUGUGAAUGCUGGACUUCAGUGGAUGUUCUGUGUGUAACAGCCAGCAUUGAAACUCUGUGCGUCAUCGCUAUUGACCGCUACCUGGCCAUCACUUCACCCUUCCGCUACCAAAGCCUCAUGACAAAGAGACGGGCCAAGAGCAUUGUCUGCACCGUCUGGGCCAUUUCUGCACUGGUAUCUUUCCUGCCCAUUAUGAUGCACUGGUGGAGAGACUCAGGCGCGGAGGCUCUGGAAUGUUAUGCCGACCCAGGCUGUUGCGACUUUGUCACCAACAGGGCCUAUGCCAUCGCCUCUUCUGUCAUCUCCUUCUACAUCCCUCUGUUUGUCAUGAUUUUUGUCUAUAUAAGGGUCUACAGAGAAGCCAAGGCACAAAUGAAGAAAAUUGACAGGAGCGAGGGACGGUUCUACAACAACCAUCACCAGCAGCCGGCUCACCAGCACCUGCCCAUCUUGGGCAAUGGCCAAGUCAACAGAAGGAAAAGUUCCCGUGUCCUAGCUGUGAAGGAGCAUAAGGCCCUCAAGACACUGGGCAUCAUCAUGGGCGUCUUUACUCUCUGCUGGUUGCCCUUUUUCUUGGUCAACGUGGUCAAGGUCUUCAACAGAGGCUUGGUACCAAACCAGCUCUUUGUCUUCUUCAACUGGCUGGGCUAUGCCAAUUCUGCCUUCAACCCCAUCAUCUAUUGCAGGAGCCCUGAUUUCCGCAAGGCUUUCAAGAGGAUGCUGUGUUGUCCUAGGAAAGCAGACCGGAGGCUGCAUGCCAGUACUGGGGAGUUCUCUCGUUAUCCUGGGGGCUUCAUCAGUACACUUGGAAGUACUCCUCAGUGCACACUUGGAGGGACAUGGUCUGAUUGCAAUGGUGGUGCACAGGAUGCGAGUGACUCCAGCUUAGAGGAGAGGAACAGUAAAACCUCCUGUUCAGAAUCCAAGGUAUAAGGGCAGCUGGUGGGGAGGAUCAAAAUAACGGGAAGGCAAUACUAAAAGAAAAGGAGUCAAAGACAUAGGCAGGGAGGGAAAUGUAUCCACCGGGCGACUGGUCAAUAGACAAAAUUCCAAACAGACUGAUUUGUCUCAAAGGGGAGAUAAUCUUACUUGCUCAAGAUGAAAAGCAGGUGAACUUGUAUGCAGUGUACCUCUUCUAAUGCAUCAGAAACGAAAGUAAACAGAGCAACUAACCAUUGAACAAAAAGAGAUUAGCAAUCCAUGUCUCCAAAACGUUUGGAUUCUUGUUUACAUAGGGAAGGUAGGUGUUGGUGUGCAGGGGAAAAAAUAAAUUUGAAGGAGUUUGCAAAAGAAAGGUUUCAGAAAGAGCUUGAACUUGUGACAGGCACGUGGCCUAACAGUCUUUGGGGAGCAGUGAGGUUUUCCUCCCCAGAUAUCAAAGGGAACAGAAUCAAGCCUUUACUGGUUUGACAGAGCUGGGGAUCACCUUCGUUCACUGUUCUUACUCAUCCUGAGAGCUUCAGUAGCAGAAAAAGUAGCCUGAUUUUUUUUAAAAAAGGAAGAUGUGCUGGUCACCUGUAUAUAACCACUGAAGUCAGUGGAGAUUUCAGGCAUUCACCUCAUUUGGAACUGAUGAUUAAUAAGCUAUUGGAAAGUACAUACUGAUUAAUUUUACCAGACAGCCCUGAUCCUUAUGCUUGUUUAGCCGGAAGUGAGUGAAUUCAAUGGAACUUGUCCCCAAGUAAGUAUACUUACUUAGCCUUAAUAACCUUAUGGCCUCACUACCCUUAGCACCUAGUUGGGAAUGAUAAACCAGUAAUAUUGUACAUGGACAUGCAUAUGUUUUGAACGAAACUCUCUCUUUUCAUCCCAGUGACUUUUCUUCUUCUUCUGGGAGUGCAGUUUUCUUGUCCUUUGAGACAACAGUAGUCAGGCUAAGGAACAUCUACCUCAAGCUGUGCAUAUCGUACAGGGGAAAAUAUGUUUAUAUUAAACAGCUUAUUUAUGUAUUGUUAGUUAGGGAUUUUUAUAGAGGCAGGAGCAUCCGUCUUCUGGAGGCAGUUUGUUCACAUUGAAAGAUGAACAGGGGGAAUAGGCUAAGAGCACCAGAAAUGUUACUGCACAUUUUAAAAGAAUGAUAGACGUUUUUUGUUUUGCACAGUGUUAACAGUUGUAAAAGUUAUUGCACAUGCACACACAGAAACACACAAACAAUCCACAGGGAAUAAAGAUGUUUAAAAACUAUCAAAUUGCAACCUGAUUUCUGUUGCAGUUGAAUAUAUUUCCAUUUAAUUUUAAAAGCUUUUAAUAUUAUAUAAUUGAAGUACUGAAAGUAUAUUCAUGCUAUAAAUAAGUCCUUAACCUUUUUAUUAGUUAUAUUUUUAUCCCCAGGAGCCCAUGUGAAUCUGUUAUGACUUUAGCACUUCAUUGCCAUUCCUCACUUUUCUGUGUGUUUGUAUGCGCGCAUGUGUGUGUGCAUGUGCACAUUUUAUAUUGUAUUUAUAUACCCCAGUGCAAUUUACUACUGUAUAAGUCAUUGGUUUAUGUGCAAUAAAUACCACUGCAGCACAAGCAACCCUAUUUGCAUAGUUUCUCUAUAGGUACAGAAACAAUGUCAA